AUGCGGACUGUAAAGAAGUCCCAUAUAGACGGAAUAUGUUCAAAGGAUUGCAUGAAGUCGCAUUCCCCCUUCAGGAUUCGUUCUCAAGGAGGGGACCGAGCUAGCAUUGCUGACUUGACUGUGGAUCUAUCUGACAGCAUGAGAAAGGCUGAGCUUUCUAUGACAGAAAGCCAGAAGCAUGCGAAUGUGCGCCAAAGGCCAUUGCUGCACCAGAAAAGGAAGCUGUCGAAAAUGACCCCUGCAGGUGCAUUUCAACAACAAGAACUAAAAGUGGGCUCACUUGUUUGGGCCAAAGAUCGGGGUAUCUGGUGGCCUGCUGAGAUAACAAUAGCCGCUGACGAAGAUGAGCCUUUUGGGAAUGUUGAGGUUAAGCUUUUUGGAGAACCCCGAGUCAGAAUGAACGUGGGGCACUCAUCCCUUGAGCCAUUUCUGGAAAAUGCUGCACGGCACAACUGUGGAAAGCAUUCAUCUGCAUUUAGAACUGCAGUGGCUGAUGCGAUGCUGAGAGCAUCCCCUUCAAAGGAAGUACACGGCUUGGAAUGCAGGGAGCAGGCUUCAGCUUCAAUUGGGAGUAACGACAGGAAGAAGAGGAGAUGA